AUGAUAAAUGCCUUGUUUGUUUUCAGCGCUAAUGGCGAACUAUUGGUGUGCAAGCUCAUCAAAGAUCAUAUCAAGCGGUCCAUAUCGGAUGUGUUUAAGACGCAGGUGAUCAACGAUCCACAUGUUAGAUCACCUAUACUAACGCUUGGAUCUACGACGUUCCAUCAUAUUAUCCGGGAGGGUGCAAAUAGUCUUCCCAUGUGGCUUGUGGCGGUCUCUAGAGGCAACGUCGACAGUUCCAUGAUAUGGGAAUAUCUCAACAAGUUGUAUCAGUUAAUGGAAGUGUACGGGAUCAAUGACGAAGACGUAUUACGAGAGGAGUUCAUGGUUUUGUAUGAGAUUUUGGACAUAACGCUUGAAAAUGGCAUUCCCCAGACGACUGAUCUUGCGCAAAUCGUGCCUCGAGUGUCGAAGAAACCUGUUAAUGAUGCGAACGCUUCAUUCAAGCCAUCUGAUAUAGAUGACUUUUUGUCAAAUUCCAACAUUCUAAGGUCUUCCAGAUUGAUAAAACGUGCGUCGAGCUCGAUGGCACUAUCAACCCUACCGGAAUGUCCAUGGAGACCGGAUGGUCUACGAUACAAAAAGAACGAGGUGUAUCUAGACAUCAAUGAGAACAUUUCGUUAUUGGUUGGGAAAGACGGGUCGAUCAUAAAGUCAUACGUCGAGGGAUCUGUCGACUGUGUGUCGCAUCUAUCUGGGAUGCCCGUUUGCGAACUUGGGCUCAAUGAUUCCUACCAGUCUAAUUCAAGCAACAAUUUUACAGACAGUGACACCGAACAGUCGCUAAUGGAAAUGAUGGUCGAAUAUGACGUAAAGAACAAAAAAGCCAUACCCAAUGCUGCUGCAAAAUCUGUGCCAUUGCAAGACUGCCAAUUCCAUCAAUGCGUACAGCUGGCUAGAUACGAAACUGACCAUGUCAUAAGAUUCGUACCUCCGGACGGAUCGUUCCAACUAAUGAAAUACCGCGUUGCAGACAAUAUCAAUAUCCCCUUUAGCGUCCUUCCUUCAGUGGAAAUCGUGAACCAAUCUACAGUAUACUACAAAAUUACUCUAAGGUCAUUGUUCCCCUCCAAUGUCAUCGCAAAAGAUGUCACUAUGAAGAUACCGGUACCUCAGACGACUCUAAAAUGUGAUUUCUACGUAUCCGGAGGCAGAUGCCAAUACGAUUCGACCGAAAAAUGUAUCGUGUGGAAAUACAGCAAGUACAAUGGCUCUACAGAAAGUACAAUAACAGCGAAGGCCAUCAUACCUUCCACUUCCCACGAUCUUGCAGACUUGCUUAGAUGGUCAAGACCUCCUAUUUCGUUGAAAUUCGAAAUCGUCAUGUUUAGCAAUUCGGGCCUAGUCGUGAAGCACUUGAAGUGUCAAGAACCGCAACUCAACUACCAGCCAGUGAAAUGGAUCAAGUAUAUAUCCCAUUCCGGAGCUUAUGAAAUAAGAUACUAG